GGCUGGGAGCCAGGACACCUGGGUUCUGUUCCUAUCUCUGUGACUCCCUGCAGGACCUUGGGCAAAUCCCUCCCCCUGCCCCUGCUUUGUACUUCUGAUUCCCCAUUUCUACAACAGAAAUAGGAAUACUGACCUAAUCCAUCGGCCGGUUUCUGCCCCUGCCCCACAGAGCUCCUGGUCUGCAUAGAGGGGGGGUUGCUCUCCCCAUGGCAGAGAGGGACUGAGACUCAGGGUCACACAGUGUCUGGGGGGGAGUGAGCUAGGGGCAUGUGUUGUGCCCCAGCCCAAAGGGCCCUAGGGGGCUGUGCACCAGCAGGGGUGUCCAUGGCUUUCCCCCAGCGCUUUGGCAGGGCGUGGGUGUGGGGCCCUGCACGGGGAGGCCCAUCUCUCUGCUUCACCCACCCCAGCCAGUCUUACUGCAGGAGACGGGGCUAUGGGUUGCGCCCCCCUGUCAGCCUUGGACUCCCACCCAUGUAUCUGGGUGCCCAGCUCCCCACAAAGCCCAGAACAUCUGGUGCCCUGGCCUGGAGAGCAAAAAGGGGGGUGGGGGGCAGCGUUCCCAUCCAAGCAGCAAUGCCUGGGGAAGGAGGCAGCAGAGCCGCAGUGGCGGAGAGGGGUAGGAACUUGGGCAUGGCGACAUUUGAGGUAGCAGCAGAGCCAGGGAGAGAACCCAGGCGUCUGGGCUCCCAGCCCCCUGCUCUAACCACUAGACCCCACUCCAUUUCCACACAGCACCUCCUCCCUCUGCUCCUUCCCAGCGUCUCAGGCCCCCUCCCCAAGAGGCUCAGCCCUCUGGAAUAUCCCCCCUCUGCCAGGAGCCCUGAGCCACCUGCCCAGGCUGGGGGGGGAAGCCUCUGCAUCCCUGGGGGGCUGGACGCCUGGGUCUUCAGCAGGGAGGACUUUGCUAUCUGUGUGCCAGUCCUCCCACAGCCUCUGCACCUCGAUCAGGCGGUGCCCCCCUGCUCCCCACCUGCCCCUCCCCCAGGGCCCCCUCCCUCUACAGCCCCCCGGACUCCCUCCCUCCCUCCGCGCCGCCGCUGGAACCUGGUUGCGAUGCAGGAUGUUGCUCCCGGAGGCAGUUGCUUAGCAACCAGCUCCGGCCGCUGCAGAUGGAGACGGGGGGGGAGCCCCUGGGUUCGCCUGGAGUGUCCCCGGGCCGGGCUGCGCGGGGCGGUUCUAGGCGCUUCCAGGCGGCGGUCGAGGCUCAAAGCCCGCCCCUCCCCGUGGCCUCAGGUACCGGCUGGAGCGCGGCCAGGGACAGCCCCACGGAGACAGCGCCCCCGUGACACACCCAGGGCCUCCUCGCACACUCACUCAUAGCCCCCUUGCGCACUCACCACCCUCCCUAUUGCACACUCGUCCCCAUCCCGAUUGCACGCUCAUUUAUAGCCCCAUUGCACACUCACUCCAGCCCUCCUGCACGUUCCCCGCCAGCGGGCGGCCCGACACUCGCGUCCCUCGCACGUUCACCCCCCAGAUGCUCGUCCCUUGCACGCGCCCCCUUUGCACACUCACGCGCGCGGGGUUCGGCCGCUGCCCAGGCCCGCUCUCGCCCUUCCGCGGCUGGAGGCCAUGGGGGGGGCCUUGGAGCCGCCCUCCCCAACGCGCGGCUCCGUCUCCCCAGCCCGCCCCAGACGGCCGGGAAGGAGCCGUGACGCGCCGGCUGCUCCCGAUGCAGUGCGUGCAGGUGGCCCUGAAGCUGCUGGUGGAGAAGCUCGAUGCGAAGAUGGUGCCUGGGGGCGCUGGCAGCGAGUGGCUGGGCCCGGGCCCGGGGGCCAAGGAGGAUCAUGAGGAGCGAGUCCUGGCCGUGCUGGGCAUAGCGGGCACCGUGCUCAACCUGCUGGUCGUCAUCUUCGUCUAUGUCUACACGACCCUCUAGCGCCGGCCUGGCCACGCCGGGACCCCACCAGCCAGAGACACCUGCGCCGGGGCCCAGCCAGCCAGAGAAACCCGCGCCAGGGCCCGCCAGCGAGAGACACCUGCGCCGGGACACGCCAGCCAGCCAGAGACACCCGCGCCGGGGCCCGUCAGCCAGCUGGAGACACCCAUGUCGGGACCUGCCAGCCAACCUGAGACAUCCUCGCCGGGACCCGCCAGCCAGCGAGAGACACCCGUGCCGGAAUCUGCCAGCCAGAGACACCCGCGCCGGGAGCCGCCAGCCACAGACACCUGCGCCAGAGCCCUGCCAGCCAGCCUGAGACACCCGUGCCGGAAUCCGCCAGCCAGAGACACCCGCGCCAGGGCCCCGCCAGCCAGCCUGAGACACUCGCGCCAGAGCCCUGCCAGCCAGAGACACCUGCGCUGGGAACCACCAGUCAGCCUGAGUCACCCGUGCCGGGGCCCCACAAACCAGAGACACCAGCGCCGGGACCCCGCCAGCCAGCCUGAAACACCCGCGCCAGGGCCCCGCCAGCCAGAGACACCUGCGCCGGGACCCGCCAGCCAGCCAGAGACACCCGUGCCGGGGCCCCGCCAGCCAGCCUGAGACACCCGCGCCGGAAGCCGCCAGCCACAGACACCCGCGCCGGGGCUCAGCCAGCCAGCCAGAGACACCUGUGCCGGGGCCCCGCCAGCCGGAGAAACCCGCCCAGCAGCGAGAGACACCUGCGCCAGGACACGCCAGCCAGCCAGAGACACCCGCGCCAGGGCCCGUCAGCCAGCUGGAGACACCCACGUCGGGACCGGCCAGCCAGCCUGAGACACCCGUGCCAGGGACCCGCCAGCCAGCCAGACACACCCACGCCAGAGCCCCGCCAGCCAGAGACACCCACAACGGGGCCCCACCAGCCUGAGACAUCUGUGCUGGGACUCACCAGCCAGCCAGAGGCAUCCGCACCGGGACCCGCCAGCCAGCCAGAGACACCCACGCCAGAGCCCCGCCAGCCAGAGACACCCACGACGGGGCCCCACCAGCCUGUGACACCCGCGCUGGGAGCCGCCAGCCAGCCACAGACACUUGCGCCAGGGCCCAGCCAGCCAGCCACAGACACUUGCGCCAGGGCCCAGCCAGCCAGCCAGAGACACCCGUGCCAGGGCCCCGCCAGCCAGCCAGAGACAACCACGACGGGGCCCCACCAGCCUGUGACACCCGCGCCGGGAGCCGCCAGCCAGCCACAGACACUUGUGCCGGGCCCCGCCAGCCAGCCAGAGACACCCGCGCCAGGGCCCCGCCAGCCAGCCAGAGACACCCGCACUGGGAACCGCCAGCCAGCCAGAGACACCCACGCUGGGAACCGCCAGCCAGCCAAAGACACCCGCGCCGGGGCCCCGCCAGCCACCCAGAGACACCCACACCAGGACCCACCAGCCAGCCAAAGACACCCGCGCUGGGGCCCCGCCAGCCAGCCAGAGACACCCACGCUGGGACCCCAACAGCCAGCCAGAGACACCCAUGCUGGGACCCGCCAGCCAGCCUGAGACAC